UAACGCGCUCGUUCCCGUCUACAACAUAACGAGGCCUUGAUUAAUCCAAUUCGACCGUUUGCCGCCGCGUAGAGACAACAACAAUGCCCGAAACAUAUUUCAUCGGCGUCGAUGUGGGCACCGGAAGCGCAAGAGCAGCCCUCGUCACCGAUUUCGGUAAAAUAGUUUCGUCGGCAGUGCAAGAAAUCAAAACGUGGAACAUCAAACAAGACUUCUACGAACAAUCCACCGACAACAUUUGGAACGCCUGCGUCGCCUGUAUCAAGAAAGUGACGACCGGAGUCAACCCGUCCCAAAUAAAAGGUUUGGGUUUCGAUGCCACUUGUUCCCUGGCCGUUUUCGAUAAACAAGGCAAACCCCUGAGUGUCAGCCCAACAGGUAACAACGAACAAAAUGUCAUCUUAUGGCUGGAUCACAGAGCGGUCGGCGAAGCCGAAACGAUCAACAAACAGAACCACCCGGUCCUCGAGUACGUGGGUGGUAAAAUCUCUCCCGAAAUGGAGACCCCGAAGUUGGUGUGGCUGAAGAAGAACCUCCGCGACCAGUGCUGGAACAAGGCGGGAUACUUCUUCGACCUGCCCGACUUCCUGACGUGGAGAGCGACCGGUUGCGAUACCAGAUCAUCGUGUUCGUUGGUCUGCAAGUGGACCUACGAAAUGUCCAAGCACGGCACCGAAAGCUGGAACUUAAGUUACUUCCAGCAAAUCGGCCUCGAGGAUUUGGCCGAUGACAACUGGCGCAAAAUCGGCAGCACCAUUUUGGCACCCGGUUCACCUGUUGGGCGAGGGUUAACAGCCGAAGUGGCCAAGGAGUUGGGGUUAAUUGCCGGAACUCCCGUUGGUACCUCUAUGAUCGACGCUCACGCUGGUGGUUUAGGGUUGGUCGGCUGUCAGGUUGAUGGAGUCGAUCCGCAGUUCCACACGAGAUUAAGUUUGAUUUGCGGUACCUCAACGUGUCACAUGGCUGUGGCCAAAGAAUGUACCUUCACCCCAGGUAUUUGGGGUCCAUACAAAAACGCCAUGAUUCCAGGCAUGUGGUUAAAUGAAGGAGGACAAAGUGCUACUGGAAAAUUGCUGGACCACGUUAUUGAAACGCAUCCAGCUACACCUUUAAUUAAAAAGAAACUAAGCAACUUACAUAUACAGCAGUACCUAAGCCAACUUCUGGUGGAUUUGGCUGAAAAGAAAGGGUUGAAAUCUGUGGCUUUUCUUACACAAGAUUUGCACGUCUAUCCUGAUUUUCAUGGAAACAGGUCCCCACACGCAGAUCCUUCGCUUAAAGGAGCUGUUGUAGGUUUGACUCUAAGCAGUGAUGAGGAAAGUUUGGCACUUUUAUACUUGGCCACAGUACAAGCUUUAUCAUACGGUACUCGUUUAAUAGUUGAAACUCUGAUCAAAUCAGGAUACAAAGAACUAAAGUCGACAUUGAUAUGUGGAGGAUUGAGCAAAAAUUUGCUCUUCACUCAAGCUCAAGCGGACGUAUGCAAUUUGCCCGUAGUUUGUCCGGACGAGGUGGAAUCUGUGUUGUUAGGAGCGGCCGUUUUGGGGGCCUGUGCCGCCGGCCACUUCGUAAAUAUGACCAAAGCUAUACAGUCGAUGGGUGGAAAAGGGCGGGUCGUCUACCCAGACAAAAAUGUGAUCGACUACCACAACAGGAAGUACAAAGUUUAUCUCAAGAUGCACCAGGAUCAACUCGAAUAUAGGAAAAUCAUGAACUGACCUUGUUUUUUUAUAUUGUAAAUAAAGAUUGUUAAUUAAU